AUGACUAGAGCUAAAAUAGAACUCGGCGAUGUGACACCGCAUAAUAUAAAGCAGCUGAAGAAGUUAAACACAGUCGUAUUUCCAGUGUCCUACAACGACAAAUUCUACAAAGAUGUUUUGGAGGCAGGAGAACUAGCAAAGUUAGCUUAUUACAAUGAUAUCGUGGUGGGAGCAGUAUGCUGCAGGAUAGACACGUCGGAGAAUUCUCGGAGACUAUAUAUAAUGACCCUGGGUUGCUUAUAUCCCUAUAGAAGACUGGGUAUUGGUACUUUGAUGGUGGAACAUGUGCUCAAAUAUGUUGAACAAGAUGGCAAUUUCGACAGCAUUUUCUUGCAUGUGCAAGUAAACAAUGAAGGCGCUAUUGAUUUUUAUAAAAAGUUUGGCUUUGAAAUUGUGGAAACAAAAGAACAUUAUUAUAAGAGAAUAGAACCAGCAGAUGCUCAUGUGCUACAGAAGACUAUCAGAGAACCACAAGCUAAUGUACCAUUGCUUAACGGUUCCGUGCCACAUGCAAAAACAAAUGGACAUGAU